AUGAGCCAAGAAAAGGGAAGCUCCCCUCCACGGAGGAACUGCCUUAACAUAUUCUUUCCUCAACAAGUGGAGUGCACUGAGGCGAACUUAAAACACUACCUGUAUGGAGUCCGCACCCACGACACAUGCGUAGUGAUGCACAUUACACACAAACAGAAUGGGACUUUUGUAAAGGAGCACCACGAAGGGGUCCAUGUAGUGGGCGAGCUAAUCUUCGCGCAGGAUGUGAAGGACGUGAAGGACGUACACAAAACAGGUGUGUUAAAAAGGCAGGACGAAAUUGGGUGCGACUAUCUAUACGUGGCUCAUUAUGGAGGGAGACCUGUUCUUAUAAGUGAAAAAACAAAAGAGGUAAAAAAUCAGGACGCCCUGUUCAUAUUGUAUAAUUUGAACAAGUACAUCUAUAUCAUGUCGGAGGACCAUGUGAGUAAGCUCGUGUGGGAGGCACUUGGGCGACAUGGCAUGUUGAGCAAGCAGGGGGUUACAAACAAUGGGGCGGACAAAAUGGGGGCAGAAAAAAUGGGGGCAGAAAAAAUGGGGGUAGAAAAAAUGGGCCUUGACGAUAUUUACAAGGGCAGCGAUAGGGAAAGGGACCCCCAGGAAAAGUCCCCUCCUGAUGGAAAUGAUAAUAACCAGGGUGGUGACAAGGACGACCACAUUCACCACACAGAUCAGUUGGACCAUUCUAACAGGCGAAAUGGUGGCAGCGGGGGGGUGGGUGGCCCAGCAAACGAGCAGACACUCAACAUGCACGAAAUAAUAAUCCUCUUGAACAAAAAAGACACAUACACAGAGAGGAUAGAAAAGGGUGAAGAGGAGAAUGGUCCAUGCAGUGACAAAGACGACACCACCAACCGUAACGAGAAAAAAAUAAGCUACACCCUUUCGACCCUCCUCUUUUUAACAUACGUCGUCUCAUCAGUGAGCAUAUCAUUUUACUACCUCCUGUGUAUAUUGGGCAAACUGAACUUGAGGGUUUUUUCGAACAAUAUAAAAACCUCGCUCAGUUUUUUUAAAGAGAGGUUGUACAUGCACUCGGAAUGGCACCCCUUGUUGACUGGCUUAAUGAAAAGUAAACAGAACCCAUGCGAUUAUGCAAAAUACAAAGAGCUUCUCCUCAUUCGGUUAUGUAACUUGGUCAUAGAUGUUCUGUUGGGCUUCUUCCUUUUUAUAAUUCUCUCUUAUGAAAUAAUAAACCUACGCUUCGCCUUCCAGAAAGCGAGCGUCUUAUAUGACUCCGGCACGUUGACGUCCAUACUGGGAACCCUACUGCAGAACCCUCUGGGGUUGAAGCUGAACAACAAUUUCACCUCCUUCAUUGGUAGUAUAAUCGUUUCUAUACUGGACAAGUGGGAUUAUUUGAAAAAUGCUUUUCCUUUGAGGAGCUCCUCGGCUGUGCAUCUCCUAAAGCUAUCGUCCCUCUGCGGGGCUUCCUUUUUCCUCUCUUUCUUUAUGGACUACCUGAAGCUGAUCACUGUGCAUGUGACUCUAAUUUUCGCCUUCCUAACGAAAAUUCUGUCCAUUUUUCACAGCAACAUGUAUUCUUUGUAUCUCCUGUUCAAUGGGAAAAAAUGGAACAUUCUAAAACUUCGUGUGGACACAAAUUACUACACCAAUGAGGAGGUCAUUCUGGGCACCGUCCUCUUCACCAUCCUGAUUUUUUUGUAUCCAACCGUUUUUGUACUCUUUUUAGUGUUCGGAAUUAUUUACGUCGUCAUCAGCAGAAUUAUAUACUGUCUCUCCCUGUUGAAGGAAAUCAUUUUGUACGCCCCCUUUUACGUCCUCCUUUUGAGGGGCUCUCAGAAUGGCUACAUCAGCAAGGGGAUAAGGCUCACCGUGGACAAACCAGUGCAUAACGUGGAAUGGACAGAGCUGCCCAAGUCGAACUACCUGCUGCUGGAAAAUUCCAAUUUUGAAUUUUAUGACAAGAUAAAAUUGUUUGUAGAAAUUUUCAUCAACCGGGACGGUGCAAAAAGUGAGCUCAUACACAAGUAG